GAAACAGCAUUGAAAAUGGAACCAGAGGCUGAAGACCCAGACAACAAUCACAACUUGCCCCCUUGGUCGGGUUCAGAUGGUUCCCAGGAACUUUGUGUCUCUGAGUCCCUGGCAGAGUCUUUUGAUGAGGACGAUAUUAGUGAUGAGGACCCUUUGGACCCACAACCUCCUGAGAUCCCCACGUCUGACCCUCAGUCAGAAUGCCUUCAGUCGCAUGAUUGGGAAUCUGCAGGUGAGCAGCAGUCCCUGCCUGAACUAAGUGGAAGUGAAUUAGAGGAGGAUGUGUACCAAGAAGAGGAUGAUAUCGUCCUUAGUGAAUCAAGAGAGUCCAUCAUAGAGUCUCCUCACAACCAAACCUCACCAGAAUCACUGUCCCCACACCAAGAGCGCCCCGAGUCCGAGCCGCACGCCGUCCAAAUACCACGACUGCAUUCCCCGUCAUCUUCCUCCUCUCUUGGCUAUGCCGCUGACAUGACCCUGGCCUUGACCCUGACCACAGAGGAGCCACUGGGAGCCAGUAAUAGGCAGGACCCAGGGACUGGGCACAGGAGGAUUGAAUCUUCAGAGGAAGGAGGGAGUAGUGAAGCACCUCCUGCUUCUGUCUUCUUUGAAAUUUCAGACGAGGGUGCUGAGCACGCAGAGAAGUGGAACUCGGAGUCUGACACAGAUCUGUGCAGACCGGACAGGCAGAGGGCAAGGUACACAUGGCUCAGUCACAGCGAGAGCGAAUCAGAAAGGCAUGUGAAGGAGACCAAGUCCAAAUGUAAACGAAUUGCUCGGCUUCUGACUGAUGCGCCCAAUCCCCAGAACAAGGGAGCUCUGCUGUUUAAGAAACGCCGCCAGAGGGUCAAAAAGUACACACUUGUGAGUUACGGGACUGGCGAUAAGCUCCGCAGCGAAGACCAAAUAGAGGAGGAAACCGAAGAAGUCAGAUCAGCUGGGUAUAACUUUGUGGCGACAAGUGAUUCCGAGUUAGAGGAGGAGUAUUCUGUUUAUCACCAGCAGCAUAAUUUAAAUCUGAAUUGGGGAAGUGUUCAAGGAAUGGAGGCACUCCCAGAGACAAAAGGGAAGGGAGUUCUGAUGUUUGAUCAACGUCGCAGAAGGAUGGAUGAAAUUGUGUCUGAGCAAGAAGAAAUGAGGAGUAAAGGAUUACCUGUGGAGGCACUAACACAGCUUGAAUGUAUAGAAGCACAGAACAUUUAUGACACAAAGGAAUUGUACUUGCAUACUAAUCAGGCCAACUACAUGGAUGCAAGUCACAAGCAGCAUGAAUAUGAAGAUAAUAUUCAACAGAUGAAUCACCUAGCCAAUGUGCCAAGACCCUUGGUGCCAAACCGAACUGCAAAGCCCUUCUUUGGAUUUCAAGAUGGCACAACUGCUCCUGUCAUGCCUGGUGGCGUUGCUCCAGUCACAAGGAAGAACGAACCGAGAUUCAAAGUACCUGUACCUAUAAACACUAACCCACUUGUUUGGUCCCCAACUGGAGACAUCAUAGCCUCAAGAGAUGAGCGAAUAUCUGUCCCAGCAAUCAAGACUGGCAUCCUACCAGAGUCAAAAAGGAAAGGCACUAUCAAACAGUCAUCAGCACAGGCACAAGCAUUACAUCCCCAUCUUCAAGGCAAAGGGGAAAGACGGUCGUAUAUCGAAACAGAGGAAGACUUUUUUAGUCUUGGAGCUGAAGCUUGUAACUUUAUGCAACCAAGAACAAUAAAACUUAAGAAUCCCCCUCCAGUUGCCCCAAAACCAACUAUCAAUCCGACCUGUCCUCCUUGGAUGAGGAGUCCUUCUGGUGAACCAUAUAUUCAACCAAGAAGUCCGGUUUCACAGCCUUCCCACAGUUCCGGUGGGCCUCACAGUCAGCGUUACCUACAGCAGCAAGAUUGGGCUCAGCCACAACAGAUGGUCAACCGUUGGGCUCCAGAUCAAACUCAGGCAGCACUUCCAACACCUGCCAAUGCUUGGGCUCCAGUCAACUCCUCUUCUCAGCAUCAUCUUCAGCCAACCACAAAUACCUGGAAUCAACAGCUGCAACGAUCCCCUGUGAGUAUACAGGCCCACAGUCCCACUUACAGCCCACAUCACCCAACUUCACCAGCAAGAAAUAAGUCCAACAAUGUUUCAUACUCAGUUGCUUCUUGCCCACCACAAGCAGGAAAGUCAUACGUCCAUGCAUCAAAAGCAUCGCCGGCUUCUCCAAGGGGUCCAGUCUCAGGCAGAGGUAUUGCUCGGUCUAGUGAUGGUCCAUCUAUGGCGGGAAAAGGAGCAGAGUUGUUUGCCAAAAGACAGUCCCGUAUGGAGAAGUUUGUUGUCGAUGCGGAAACAGUUCAUGCUAACAAAACGAGAUCCCCCUCGCCGAUCUCCUCCCUCCCCAACUCCUGGAGGUAUUCUUCCAAUGUUCGGGCACCUCCCCCUUUAUCGUACAAUCCCCUUCUUGCUCCUUUCUACCCUCCAUCCGCAGCCAAGCAACCCCCUUCCACAAGCUCAAAAUUCAAGCCUAAGACCAAAGAAAAACCUAAAGCCCCUCAAAAGCAACUAAAUGCCUUAGAUAUUAUGAAACAUCAACCUUAUCAGUUGGACUCAUCACUGUUCAAGUAUGGUGCAGUGCCUGAGGCCAAAAGCCCCAGCCCCAAACCAACUCCGGCGUCAAAGUUUGAGGCAAACAAAAGCCUCAAACUUAGAUCUGCCUCUUCCCAUUCUUCCCAUAAUGCCCCUGGGCUUGCUGUUCAGGCCAAGGCAGAAGCCCCUGCUAAGUCUCCCGGAUCGGGAUUUGGUCGUAGCCGCUCCCUGAGCCUGCCCAGGCAACUGAAUUCGAUGCCCUCACCCAGACUUCUGUCCCCGAUGAGCGCACCAGGAACCCGGGCCUCAUUUCUACCUGCGCAGAGGCAAACAUCCUUCCAAGAAAAUGUCUACAAGCCACUGUCACCGUGGGAGGCAGCAUCCAGGAACCUCCUAGGUUCAGUGGACGAGGCGUUUCGGAGCCUCCCGUCAUCCGUUGCCUCUAAUGUCAAAGUUGCAGGGCAACGCAGAUCUCUGCCAGAGCCACCGGAUGAAUGGAAGCGCAGGGUGUCUCUUGAUCCUGCAGCUGUCACUAAGAGUCAUUAUCAUGCAGCUCCUGCUUUCCAGGCACCGUCUUUGAGCAGGACAUUUUCACCUGAGAAACCAGCCUUGUAUGGGCCUCCCUUCAGACCUGCCCAGCCUCUGUGGCCUGCCAGUAGGGCCAGUAUUGGGUACAUGGGUCAAGGCUCCAGUCCAACAAAUUACUCUCCCCUCUAUAGUGCUGUCCCAAGAAGUUAAUACCACUCAGAUAAUGUCAGACACUCAUCAGAGGAAGAGAAAUAUACAGGCACAUGUAUGUUAACGUAGAAGGUAUACCGUGAAAAGAAGAACCUGAUGGAAGAUGGAAUAUGUUUGAUCUAUGAGAUUGAAAAAUUAGGUCGUGGUUGCAAAAACUUAUUUUAGACCAUUUAAGUUUUGUUUUUUUGUGACAAAUAUAUAUUUGAUGGGAGUGGAAAAAGCAGUUGCUACCCUUGUGGUACGGAUGAUCACUUAAUUGCUUUUGUAUUGUGUCGCUGAUGUGAAAUAAUCCUGCAAAGCUUUUUUGAUCAUUCAGACAGAUUUAGGACAGAAGUGGACCACCGCAGUCAUGAUUUCAGACAAAUGGUCACGAGGAUGAUGUUGAGCAUGUGUCUUAUAUGAGGAACGUUGAACGUGUAGCAGUUGAAAGAAAUCUGGUGUUACUUCUUUUUUUUCUUCUUUUUUUAAGUCGAGGGGCGUUUGCCCACUUAGAUUGCUGGUAAUUCAGAUAUUGUUGGUUAUAGAUAUCUAGUGAGAAAUAAGACACUUUAAGAAAUAUUUUGUGUGCAUUUAUCUUUAGAUUUAAAACUCAAUGGGAGUUUGUGAUCACUUUUUCCAGGUUGAUGUUAUACCAAUUAUUUCACGUCUGAAUAUUUGAUUGUGUGAUCCUCAUUACAGAUGUUGCUCAUCUGUUUUUAAUCUGUUUUUGAUUGCCUUAGUAUUGCAGUGGCAAUGGGUAAUGUAGUAAAGGAGUGAACAUCCUAUUUAAUCUGCAGCACUUUCUAGUGAAUGCCAAUUACAAAUAUGCUAUUUCUGUAUUUUUUUACAUUGUCAGGAAAGAGCCGUGCAGUGCAUCCUUUUCAUUGACCUUAAUCGAACUGACUCACAACUGCUUUAUUCCCAUUAUUACAUAUCAUUUUAGGUUAAGAAGAAUUUAAUGUUGCAUGCAUUCAAGUAAUAUCCCACAUUUGAUUCUACACAGUUGUCUUUGAGUGUCAGGGGUUUUAAAAAUUUUGAUUUUUUUUUUUAAUCCAUAAAUUAUGAAUUGGGGGUUUGCCCCGUGUUUGACAGUAAUCUUGCAUAAAAUGUUGUUGUUUUUUUCGCACCUUUUUACCACAAACUGAAACAUUAAAAGACAUGAAAAUGUU